AUGAAUUCCCCAACGCGUAUUAGAAACUAUGAUGUAGACGAAUUUUGCGAUAAAUUACUUUCAUCAGAUAAAUUUGAAAAGUUAAUUGAGAAAGUAGCAGACAAAGCAGCAGAGAAGAUUUCCGAUUUCAAAAAUAAUUAUGAAGCAAUUGAUAAUUCUAAGAAAUCAAAUAGAGCUGAAAAGAAAACCGUCCCCAAAUCCAACGAGGUGAAAAAGGAGACUUAUAUUAACAAGAUGUCCAACUUAGACAACUAUUCCAUUGCUCCAUUGAGUGAUUUAAAUUUACAAUAUAAGAAAUUCACUAAAGGUAUAACUAGAGAAUUUGUAAAUAAGCCAAAAGAACCUAAAAAGUUGACUAACAAUUCAGAAGAUCCAUUAGAACCUAAGGUUAAUAAAUCAAAUGAAUCAAAAGAAAGCUCUUUAACUGAUAAGGCAUCAGAAGAAUCUAAAAAUGAAAAACCACUCUCGGAUGAGGAAGUACAGCAAGAAGAAACGAAAACGAAGAAAAAUAUCUUAAGAGAAUCAAAAAAAGAGUUAGAAGAAAAUAAGAAUAACAAAGAUGAUUUAAGUUCAGAUGAAGUUAGGUUAGAAACAGAUGAAAGCAUAGAAACAAAUACAAAAAAGCUAGAAAAUAUUGCUAAAAAAGCAAAAAUUGUAUCUAACAAACUAAAUAAUACUACUAUAAGUAAAAUCAAAGACAUUGCGAAACAAAAGGAAAAUGUUAAAGUUAGUGAUAAAAAGAAUAGUAAAGAAAAUGUCGUGUCAAAAUCAGAUGAAAUUGUAGUUGAUUCGCACUCGAACAAGGGAAAUAAUAACAAAGAAGAACUCGAAGAGGAAGAGAACAUGAGUGAAAAUAAUGAGAAUGAUUCAGCUGGAAUGACGAGCAACGCAGACAAAAUAACAGAGAAUGGUGAUAAUGUGCACGAAAGUCGUCAAAAUGCAAAAGAACCGAUCAUAAGGAAAGAGAACGGUAAAAUAUAUACAUAUCAAGUUUCAUCGGAUUAUGAUGAAUAUCACGAGCAACUGAAAAAAAGUAAAUUAACAACAAAAAAAUCAGUAGACAUAUAUCAAUAG